AUAUGUCGAAUCGUGCAACGUGCAAUAAAAAAUAAUUAAUUACGAAUAAGGAACAACAUAUGUAUGUAUGUUGCUUCAAAAACUUAAUUGAAUUGUGUUUAACUCUUAGACAUUAAAAAAAAUAAAUAAAACAUAAAAGAUGAUAAUUCCUGAAAUUUAUCAUGAAAAGCAAGUAAUGCAGCUAUGUGCGUUACAUACCCUUAAUAACCUUUUUCAAGGUAACAAAUUAUACAGUAAAUCUGAUCUUGACAAUAUUUGUAAUAACUUAAGUCCCAUCGGAUGGAUAAAUCCACAUCGAUCCAUUAUUGGUCUUGGAAACUAUGACGUAAACGUUAUUAUUGCUGCAUUAAAAUUAAAAAAUUGCGAUGUCGUUUGGUUUGACAAACGGAACGACCCGUCAUGCAUAAAUCUUGAUGGAAUUGUUGGCUUCAUUUUAAACAUACCCUCUGAUUGCAAAAUUGGUAACUUAAAAUUACCUUUACGAAGGCGACAUUGGAUUGCAGUUAGACGAGUGGGAUAUUAUUAUUAUAAUUUGGAUUCUAAACUGCAAAACCCGGAAAAAAUUGGUGAUACUGACGAUGUUUAUACAUUUUUAAGGGAGCAAAUUCAACAGACUGACCAGAGAGAGUUAUUUCUCGUGUUACCGGAAAAAAAUAAACAAUGAUAAGUUAAACCUAUUUUUGUAAAAAAAUAAAGAACUAAACUUAAUAAUAACAAAUAAAAAA